UGUGUGCACGCGUCUGCGUGGGACUCACCGUAACCAUCGGCGUGUGUUUGUUUAUGCGCGUGUAAUUUCUCCCUCGUCCACUUUCCCAACUUUUAUUUGUCGCCGUUGGGACUUUUUUUUUCCUUCUCCAGGGAUGCGGAUGCGUCAGCCGCGCGCUUGUUGUUCUUCUCUCUCACGCGCUCACAUCCCCUCUUUUCAUUGACAUCCCCCCGUUUGCUUAAUUGUUUUACCCCUCACUAACACGGGAGGAGAGGAAGAGCAGCAGGGAGGAGAGGAGCGAGGAGAGAGAGAGAGGCGGAGAGGGGGGAGUGAUGAGUCAAUACAACUAAUAAUUUAAUGGGGACAGAGAGGGAGAGCCGGAGCGAGAGGGGGAGAGCUAGAGAGAACGCGGAGCAGGACGCCUCCUCCUACUACCACGACCGCGGGCUGCUCUCCGACACGUCCACGGGAGAUUAUCCACAGCGUACCGGACUGUCGGCGAGACUUUUCACCCUUCUUUUCCUUGUUUGGCGCGGCGAACCUGUUUCGAGGCUUCGCCUGCGACGAUGUAGCCGGUAGUCUGUUCUCGCUAAACCGACGUUCAAAAGCCGUUGUUGUCGCUCUCCCACUGCGUUUGUCCACCGUGUCUGACACACAUUUGGACCUUCGCGGUUCCCGUGCGCCGAUUUAGCCCGGGAAGCCGGUGUUUUGUGGGCACGAGCGGCUGCUAACUGCUGCUCGCGCUGCCGAUGUAGCGACUCGGAUGUUGUGGAAGCGAACUACUUGACUUGUCAGCGAUGGACGCGGUCGGAAGCUCACUUUCUGGCGGCAUAUGACAGCCGACCCGCUCCUGCCUUCCUUCUCAUGACGAACCAGCUCUUGAGACUCGGCUAAUAAGCGGUAGAUACUCACAAAUGUUCCCCGGUCGCGGUGCAUCUCGACCCGGUCGCCUUUGCCUCACACCCCGGUUGUUGUUCUCACGCACCGCCUGCCUCUCAUCCUCGAAGAAGAGCCGGCGAAGACGUCCGGUUCUCAGGCUGAGCACAUAAGUUGAGGCGCAGAACGGGAAGUUUUCUUCUUUUUUUCGGUGUGUUUUUGCCUCAUAUCUACCCUGGACGAACUUGAAGAGUUGCCCAGGUGGUGGUGUGUGCUGGCCGGUGCUGAAGUGCUGCGUUCAAGGUGAUAGCGAGCUGAGGUGCUGAAGAUGAUGGAACAUCUCAGCGAGACGUGUUUGGGAAAGGAGAACGCCGAGCUGGUGAGCAGUAUGGCCGAGGCCAAAGCGCCACCGGCCAAGAUGCCCCGCAUGGAGCAGAACGGCAGCCCCCUGGGUCGGGCCCGGCUAGGCAGCACCGGGGCCAAAUUAGCCGGAGUGUCGUACAAACCCACCGGCCACCUGCUGAAGACCUGCCACAAGAGAGGCAACAUGCUGCCGGUGUUCUGCGUGGUUGAGCACUAUGAGAACCCCAUGGACUUCGACAGCAAAGAGGAGCAUGCAGAGUUCGUGCUGGUGCGAAAGGACAUGCUUUUCAACCAGCUGAUCGAGAUGGCGCUUCUGUCACUGGGAUACUCGCACAGCUCGGCCGCCCAGGCCAAAGGUAUGAUUCAGGUGGGGAAGUGGAACCCCGUCCCACUGUCAUAUGUGACAGACGCGCCGGACGCCACAGUGGCGGACAUGCUGCAGGACGUCUACCACGUGGUCACGCUCAAGAUCCAGCUGCACAGUUGUCCUAAGCUGGAGGACCUACCGCCCGAGCAAUGGAGCCACUCUACAGUAAGAAACGCCCUCAAGGAGUUACUCAAAGACAUGAAUCAGAGCUCUCUGGCUAAAGAAUGUCCCUUAUCACAGAGUAUGAUUUCCUCCAUCGUGAACAGCACUUACUAUGCAAAUGUGUCGGCGGCAAAGUGUCAGGAAUUUGGGCGCUGGUAUAAACAUUUCAAGAAGACAAAAGAUAUGAUGGGCAUGCGUCAGACCUCUCAGCUGGAGGGCUACCUGGGGACGUGUGUCCUCCGCGAGAGCCCGCGUGCCAAUGCACUAGCUGAGAUGGAUGGCCUGGCAGACUUGUCCCCUCCCGGCUCCAACCACAGCCACAACCACCUGAGUUUCUCCCAGCAGCAGCAGCCCAUCCCAGGCAGCACAGCAGAGCAGACCCCUUCCUCUCCGGUGCCCCCGCUCCCACACGCACCUCCGCCACACAGCGGACAGACGGGCGGGCGGCAGCCACAGCUCCCGGGUCUGCACCACCCGGGCCUGGUGUCCACGCCCAUCAGCCCGCAGCUGGUCAACCAACAGCUGGUGAUGGCGCAGAUCCUCAACCAGCAGUAUGCAGUCAACCGCUUGUUGGCGCAGCAGUCGCUGUCGCAGCAGUACCUCAACCACCCUCCCGUCAACCGGAACUCGCACAACAAAACCCUGGAGCCUCAAGUGGCGUCCAACACUGAGGUGUCUUCAGAGAUCUACCAGUGGGUCAGGGACGAGCUGAAGCGGGCCGGAAUCUCGCAGGCCGUGUUUGCCAGAGUGGCCUUUAACAGAACCCAGGGCUUGUUGUCGGAGAUCCUCCGCAAAGAGGAAGACCCCAAGACCGCCUCCCAGUCGCUACUGGUCAACCUGCGGGCCAUGCAGAACUUCCUGCAGCUGCCCGAGGCGGAGCGCGACCGCAUCUAUCAGGAAGAGAGGGAGCGCAGCCUGACCGCCGCCUCUGCCAUGGGCUCGGCGCCGCUCAUCAGCACUCCGCCCAGCCGGCCUGUGCAGGUACCAGAGAUCGUGACAGUAGAGCCGCACUGGCGCCAGGAAAUGCUGCCGCGGAGGGAAGACUGCAACAGCGUGCGGCCGGAGGACUGGAAUCCCCGAAUCCCAGUGGGCAUUUCCCCUGUUGCUAAGAGACUGGACAUGGAAGUGUUGACGGUUCCAUUCCGAGGCCAGUUUAAUCAUUGUGUGAAGCCGUCUCCCCUGCCAAGUGAGUGGAACGGAAAGACGGAGAGCUGCAUCCUGAACAUCAACUCCACCAUCUACGACGAGAUCCAGCAGGAGAUGAAGCGGGCUAAAGUCUCUCAGGCGCUCUUCGCCAAGGUGGCAGCAUCCAAGAGCCAGGGCUGGCUCUGUGAGCUCCUGCGGUGGAAGGAAGACCCGUCCCCGGAGAACCGGACUCUGUGGGAGAACCUGUCGAUGAUCCGCCGCUUCCUCAGCCUGUCGCAGGCCGAGCGCGACGCCAUCUACGAGCAGGAGAGCAGCGCCGGACAGCAGCACCACAGCGAGCGGCCCACGCACCUGAUGCACGUCACUGCCGACCAGCUACAGACUCAGCAGGCGCAGCAUCACCAGACCUCCUUGACCCUCCAGCACCCGUCACAGCCUCUCCUGUCCCAGCAGCCCUUGCAGCAGCAGCAGCAGCAGCAGCCCACCUCCGGAUCACGCCAGCCCUCCACCGCCUCCCCGGCCGAGAACGAGGAUGAGGUCAGCCGCGGCGUCAGCGUCAAGUCCCGCGCUGGCGGAGGGAAGAUCUCCCUGGAGGCUCUGGGGAUCCUGCAGAGCUUCAUCCAGGACGUGGGCCUGUACCCGGACGAGGAGGCCAUCCACACGCUGUCGGCCCAGUUGGACCUCCCCAAGCUCACCAUCAUCAAGUUCUUCCAGAACCAGCGCUUCUACGUCAACCACCCCACAAAGACUCACAAGGAGCACAACAACAAAAACGCGGCGGUGAGCAGCAGCAGCAGCGGCAGCAGCAGCAGCAGCCCGGCCUUCGACGAGGACCUGACGGACUUCCGGGAGGGUUCGGACCUGCUGAAGGGUCUGGACGAGGGCACGCAGACUAACAACACCAUCUUCUCCAUCAAAAUCGAGGAGCAGCUGGGUCGUGGCGCCGAAGCCCAGCCAGAGUUGGAGACGGAGGCAAAAGAGUAGGCGGCGGCGACGCGAGCACAAAUGGACGCAGCGACGCGGCUUAGUACCGUGUUUAUAUCGGACUGAGGUGCCGUCGCGCUUCAACGACUACUUUUAGAGUUUUGUAAAACUUGUAUGAUUCACUGUAAAGACUUCGUCGAAACAACCGCACAACCAACAUCCACUCGACCGACUUUUGUUUUCUCCGUCAGCCUUCUGUCAGACAUAUUCCCAAUUUUCAUUGCACAGAUGUCUACGUUUCAUCACGUCGCCCCCUGCUGGACUCAGAAGUUUCACCUCAUUAAGAAAGAAUCUUCUAUCUUCAACCACUUGAAACAAAAUGGUUUUUACAGAUAAAUUUUGUUUUUUCUCUUGACAUCUGAGGUUUAUUUUUCUAGCCAGCGAUGCUAACAUAGCACAAGGAUCAGGCCAGGAUCUAUUUUUUUACUGUCCUGUGGCGCCCAAAUUCAUUCUUUUUUAAAGUCAUUUUUACCGUUCAUUUGUGCCUCUGUUUUUUGUGUUAUAGCUCUUGAACAGUUUAUUGAUUUUCAAUUGAUUUUCUAAUAUUAAGGGUCUAAGAGCAACAUGUAAUCUGACUAUGGCAGUUCAGUUUUGGUUUGUUUAAUUGAUUCAAAAUUUUUGUUUCUUUUUUUUGUCAUCAUUUUCCAGUAUUUUCAGUAUUUUUUUACCAGUUAGUUUGCUUUUUUAGUAUCAUUUUUGUCAUUUUUGUUAUGUUUCAUUUGUUACUUUGUUCUUUUUUUAUUUUAUCCCCUUGACAACUUCAGAGAGAGCAAUUGUUUCUCAUCUGAAAAUUUUAUGUUUUUUCUUGCUAAAUUUUAGUUUACAACUCAAUUCAACUUACAACAACUGAAACUGAUAUUAUUUAUUCAUUUUUAUUUAUUUAUGUGACUUUCCGCGCCCAAAAAACCUGUCAAGAGACCCGAAACAUUCAGGACACGUCGGUCCAACAACCACGGAGUCAAUCAACCGAGUGCCGAACAUUCAUUUCUCUCUGCAAGCGCGAAACCUGAAAACAAAAGUCUUUAUUUCUGUCGAGUCGUUGUUGCUGUGGAAACUCCCAGACUGCACUCUGCCAUUUUACACUGAUCAUUUCGGAGCUACUGAAAAAAAAAAAAAAAACUUGGUGUGUUCUUGUCGUUUCACUGGAUUUUAUUUAGGGAUUGCGAAUGAAAUGGAGGACCAAGUGGUUUGGACCGAGCCUUAACCAUCAAGUCCGCUCGACGCGGGACGCCCCAGGUGCGGGAGGAGCUCUUAGCUAGCGAGGAAUUAUAAAUAAAUAAAUAAAUAAAUAUAUCUAUUUACAGACAUAUAUUGUACAAAUAAAAAAUGACAGUCUUAAAUAUUCUAUGCCAACAAUGCCUUGUACUAUACGGCACUGCCGACCUUAUUUUGCAAAACCUUGGUCACUGUAAUUCUCCGAGUCGCCACACGAGCUAGAAAUGUGAAUCCACGCCAUGUUUGUUAUUUAUUACUGUUUAAUUUAUUCAUUGAAUGGGCAGUUGAAACAAGUGUCUUAAAACGUGCUUUACAGUUGCCUAUUUGAAAAAAAAUGUAAUAAAAAAAAAGCUUCACGAUUCAAUGUUGUAUGCAAUUUUUACGAUCAUGCAAAUAAGCUUCACUUUAGAAAGAGACAUAUGCAAUCUGUGUGGAUCGAUGUCUGCGGCGUGUCUUCCUCUUGGUUCCACUCCUUGUACAGAUAUUCUGUAAACAGCGACAAAAGUUUUUUAUUUCCACGACUUAUUUUGUUACGACUGUUUUAUAAGUGUUCCUCUUUUCUCAACUGGACGUGAUUGUUAUCCACACCAAGGAAGGCGUUUGUAUCGUUCCACUUUUGCCGCCGGAGGACUUUUCUUCUUCUCUGGAAACAAAAGAUGUGAAUCAAAUGGAAAAAAAAGUGGCUGUAAAGUCUGUAAAUAUCACGGCAUCUUCUGGAUCUUGAUUGUCGAUGGCUGUAAAUAUGUUUGUGCAAGAGCUCACCGUGCAAAUCAGCGUUCUUGUCGUGCCUCUGUACCCGGGGACUCCUCCUGCCAAGCGAACGGCGGGCUAGGACCAGAGCGAUUUGAGAUGUCCCCGAACUCGCCCUCUAGAGGUGAGGCGAGGUGUCUGCACCUUAGCUGUUUAUUACCCCGAGAUUUGUGCCGGUGGCCCCUCGAUGUUCUGCUCUUUUUUCAUGAAUAAAAAGCCAGAGUGUAACCAAGUGUGUCUCUCCA